UCUCACUCCUGCUGUGUGGAAACACUCCUCGGUGGAGAACUCAUUUCUGGAUUGACGAGUGGAUCUUGACCAGACCUACACUUGAUCUUCUCCACUGAGUUAAGGCUCCUGAAACCUUGCAGGAGUCAGUGAGCAAGAAGAGCCUCUGGAGUCAGGACAGGAAGAAGCCAGGAGAUCACAGCAAUGGAUUUUUCAUCACAGGGGAGCAUAAACGAGGAGUUUAUCUGCCGCAUCUGCCUGCAGCUCCUGACAGAACCCCUGAGUCUGAACUGUGGCCACAACUUCUGCCAAGCCUGCAUCACUGCAAAUGAGUCAGAGAGCUUCUUUGGAGGGCAAUGCCGCUGUCCUGUGUGCCAGAGCACAUACAACCCUUGGAACCUCCUGCCUAAUCAGCACUUGGACAACAUAGUGAAGCAAAUCAGAGAAGCCAACAUGUGGCAACCACAGCAGCAGAGGAGCGAUCUCUGUGAGCACCAGGGCGGGAAUUGCCAUCUCUUCUGUAAGGAGGAUGGGAAGGCCAUUUGCAGCCUUUGUGUCCAGGAGCACCAAGGUCACCAAAUUUCCCACGUGGAGGAGGUGGUCAAGGAAUGUCAGGAGAAAUUCCAGGUGGCUGUGGACAGGCUGACGCAGGAGCACCAAGAAGCUGAGAGGUUGGAAGCUGUCAUCAACGAAGAGAGAGAUACCUGGAAGAAUCGUAUGCAGACUGAGAGAGAGAGGAUUCUAAAUGGGUUUGAGGAAAUGAGAGGCAUCCUGGACCAAGAAGAGAAAAGGGAGCUGCAAAAGCUGGAUGACAAUGAAGUGCAUGUGAUGGAUAACUUGGCAGUGGCUAAAGAUCAGGUGAUCCAGCAGAAGCAGUACAUGAGAGAGCUCAUCUCAGAUCUCCAACAUCAUAUGUGUGAAUCAUCUAUAGACAAGCUACAGGAUGUGAUUAACGUCAUAAAAAGGAGCGAGGUCUGGACCUUGAAGAAGCCAAAAAUUGUUUCCAAGAAACUAAGUACAUUCCGAUUUCCAGAUCUUAAUGGGAUGCUGCAAGUGUUUAAAGAGCUGGCCGAAGUCCAAAGCUACUGGGUGGACUUGACGCUGAACCCAUCCAAUGAUCUGUCGAAUGUUGUCGUUUCUGAGGAUCAGAGACAAGUGACUGUUGGGAAUGAUUUUAUGUUUAGGAAUGUAUACCCAUGUAACCUUUCUGAUUUUGAUGUACAGGGAAGUCAAAAUUUCUCUUCAAGGAAAUAUUACUGGGAAGUUGAUGUGUCUGGGAAAAUUGCUUGGGUUCUGGGGGUAUACAGUAAAACAAGCAAUCUCAAUAGAAAGAAAAGCUCUGGGUUUGUUUUUAACCGAAACCCAAAUUAUUCAAAUGCUUACUCCAGAUUCAGACCUGAAAAUGGCUACUGGGUUGUAGGGUUACAGAAUGAAUCUGAGUACAAUGCCUUUGAGGACUCUUCCACCUCUGAUCCCAAGGUCUUGACUCUUUCCAUGGCUGUUGCUCCCCAUCGAAUUGGGGUUUUCCUAGACUAUGAAGCAAGGACUGUCUCAUUUUUUAAUGUCACAAACAAUGGGUCACUCAUCUACAAGUUCUCUAAAUGUCACUUUUCUCAGACUGUUUAUCCCUAUUUCAAUCCUUGGAACUGCCCAGUUCCCAUGACUCUGUGCCCACCGAGCUCCUGAAUGAUCUCCUUCCCUCAUCCAAUUCUGUGUAGCGACCCUUGUCCUGGGCUCAUCUCCUGCACCUGAGCUCACUGCUCCAUUCAGACCUUCCCUUCCUUGCUGUCUACCUUCUGUAGAAUCUUUGUUGAUUCUUGGCUUAGAAGAGAAGCUUAUUUACUCAGUUACCCUUUCCUAUACUAUCAGCAAAAGGUAUGUAAUUCCUCCUAUCAACAGAAAAGUAUUAGUAUAAUACCUCUACCCUCCCAUUUUUCCACAUUUUCCUUUAACCCUAACUUGAAGAGACACUAACCAUGACCUUAGGACAAUCCGUAAUCACCCCACAACUAAGUGGUAUUUGAGUGUAUAUCUAUUUGUUGCCCAACAUACAGCAGGUUUUCCAGAGAAGUUCAGGUGUGGGAGAGGGGGCAAAUGUAAUAUAUGUACCCAGAGUGAACAUUUUAUGUUCAGAGUUUUUGAGUUAAAAUCCUGUCUCUUACAAGGUGUGUAACGAUGGAUAUAUUUUUGUUUCUUCUCAUAAAAUAAAAGUUGGUUUAUAAAUUGCA